AUGGGUUUCGAGUGGCACGGCCCCGGGCAGGGCAAAAAAGAAGGACCAACUAUCGUGUACCCCUGGAUGGCGUAUAACCCUACUGCCGGAUCCCGCUGGCGUUUCGUGCCUAAUGGCCAAUCCGGGUCGACAUGGUUCAUGGCCUUGUCAUGCGCCCUCACCCAACGUCAUGGCAGUUGGCACCAGCAGCCCAUUGUCGUCUGGUCACACACUGUACGCGUAGCAGCAGCAGCGCCUGGCCAUGAGGAGAGGCGAGGGGGUGUAAGUAGACACAGCAGCCGUCUAGUCUCCACUGCGCCAGCGCCAGCACCAGCAUCAGCACCAGCACCAGCAACCCGCGUGCUUUGUGUAAGGCGAUCAAGGAGAUCGACAGCACCCUUGCUUUUUGCCUUCGACCAAGUGUUUCUCAGCGGCCUGUAG